GGGUGGUGGUGACGCCUUUGGUGCUCCCCGUCAAAGUGGCGAAGCGGCGGGGGCUUGUCAUCAAGGUGAAUUUGGGCACGCCGUCUAGUAGUUUGUAUUGACUAGUUGCUUUGUCCGGCAAAAAAUUGGUGGAUGACCAUGCUUUAGCAACACCGGCGAAAAGUAAAAAAAGAGAUGACACACAUCCUACCAGACGACCUCCAAUCCGAGAUCAUCGAGCACAUCCCGCCGCUUCCUCAAAGCCUUGUCCAUGCCUCUGCUGUCUGCAGGGCUUGGCGCCGUAUCGUGAAUGAUCAAGGUUUUCUACGCCGGUACCGCGUGCGCCAUGGUAGACCCCUAACCAUGGGCUUCUUCCACAACUCCGACACAAUUCCCCGCUCAUUCGUGCAUGUGGGCGGGUUCAGUAGCUUCUCCUUUGAGCGGCCCGGCGAGAAUGAACACCGUUGGAAGUUCAUGGAUUGUCGGCAUGGCCGCGUUCUCCUCUUUGACGAAUCCAGCAGGCAAGAUAUGCGUUUCCUUGUGUGGCACCCUAUGACUGGCUAUUGUCAUCGGAAGAUCGUCAGACAAGACUCCUUCUUUAGACUGAAUUUCUUAAAGAGUAACACCAAUGCUGCCCUAAUCUGCGCGGCCGGCUGUGAUGAGGACAACCAUUACAUGAAUUGCAAGCCCACAAGUCCGUUCUGCAUAGCAGUCGUGAGCAGCGACUCUCGGGGACGUGUGUCUGCCAACGUCGUCUCCUCGCUGACCGGCCAGUGGGGCCCAGAGUCCAUGCCGGUGGACCUCCUGCCAGUGGGUGGCCAGAUCCGCGCGGAGCCAUGCGCCAUCGUCAACAACACCAUGUACCAACCACUUUAUGACUAUCGUGUGCUGGCUUAUGACAUGGGACAGCGCACCCUCACCUCGUUCGAGCGACCAAGGGGUGGUAAUGUCCGCCUUAUGAAGGUGGACGGUGGUGCACGGCUCGGUCUUGCCGCUGCACAAGACCUGAUUAUACGCCUGUGGGUGCGGGACACCGACGCUGAUGGCGGUUGGGUGUUGCGCAAAACAAUUGAUCUAGGCGAGUUGGUGACCGAUCUCUCCAUGGCGCCAUUGCCUUGGACGGACUCUCGGUUCCCCGUGAUGCCACCGGUGAAGAUCAUCGGGGUUGCUGAGGAGGGCGACGCAUUAUUCUUCUGGACCAUGGUGGGUGUAUUUAUGAUGUGCCCCAAAUCUUUGGAGAUAACCAAAGUGCAUGAUACUGCCGAGGGUAUGAAUAUUGUGUACCCUUAUGCUGCAUUCUAUCUCCUUCCUGCCCCGCAGUAAUGUGUGCCUCCCUGGCUUUGCAUUUGCUGCAUGAGAUCAACAUGUAAUAGGUUAGUGGCAAAACAUUGGGUCCGACGCUUACAGGUUUUUGUCCCGUAGGGAGUACUCGAAUCUGAGUACGAACAGCGGGUUUCCUGUUAUUGUGUUGAGCUCCUACUGUAUUUUACUUUUGUAAAACUAUGCAAAUGGGCAUUACUAGCCUCACAAUAGGUUGGCUGAUAUCCAGCCAAUUUUUGAA